AUGUCCAAACAAUAUCUUUCGUGGGGCUCUGCGGACAAUGCCCACCCGAUUGAUAUUUUUUCACUGGCUGUGACUUCCAACCAGAUCAUCUCAGCUUCAGGAGCAUCUGCGCUCAAGAUACACUCUACUGCAGACACGGAUUUUCCGCUUGCUCAAACCAUUGAAGCUGCGCACAAGAUUGGAUGCCACCAUGUCGUCACAUCAAGGAAUGGCCUGAAAGCCGCAAGCAUUGGCUUCGGGGGUGAAUUCAAGAUCUGGAACAACAAUAAUGGAGACUGGUCCGAAGAGGUAGCUCUAUCAAACGCAAUAAAAGAACCAGACACUUGGGCAAUUUGUUUAUCAGAAGAUGGCCGAUACCUUGCAGGGACGACAAAUAAUGGCCAUAUCAAGGUCUGGGACCUAAGCAAUGGCGAACAGUUCAGAGACUACGAAACCAAAGGUGCCUUUGGUGCUUGUAUUGACAUGUCAAAUGAUGGAAAAUACAUAGCAAGCGGCCACCAGAACGGUAGUAUCUACAUGUUUAGCAACGAAACUGGUCGUAUGCCAUUCUCAUUAUCCGGUCUUAUUAAACCAGUUCGCGCGGUUGCAUUCUCACCAGGCGGAAAGCUGCUUGCAGCAGCUGGGGACUCCAAAGUCAUUGUACUCUAUGACACAGAAUCCGGUGAACAAGUGACUCAACUGACCGGCCAUUCGGCGUGGAUUCUAUCACUAGACUGGAGUCAUACUGGAGAGUAUUUGUUAAGCGCAUCGUUCGAUGGCAAGGUCAAAGUAUGGUCUGUUGAACGUCGAGCAUGUGUUGCGACUCAUUCUGAGAACGACAAAGCUGUAUGGAGUGCAAAAUGGUUGCCCAAGAUAGGCAGAACGGAAGGAUUUGCGACUGCUGGUGCUUCUCGCAGUAUAUCCUUUUACAGAGAAGCUACAGGCGGCUAG